GGGUUAUGGAGGGUAAGAGGCGGCGCAUAGGGGUGCUAGGGCAAAAGUUGAACAUAUUUAGAGGGAGGUAAAUGAAGGACUGAGACACUUUGGUUUGGUGCUAGUCAAGAUGAAGUCAUACGUGCCUCUCUUGGCCCUGCUGCAGGCUCUGGGAUGCUCUGGAAUCCCACUGUACAACUCUCAGCUGGAGUCCAUGGCACAGAGGGGUCUUGGAGCAGCUCUGGCAGAGGUCAAUUCUGCAUAUGCUGUCAGCCAUCUUUACCGGACAACUCAAGGAUCUGUCACAAGGGUUAUUCCCAUGGGCCAAGACACCGUUGACCUGCUGAUGAUAUUUGGCAUUAAAGAGACGGAGUGUGUGAAGGCUUCCAGAAACGACCCCCAGACAUGCCCCUUCAGACCUGGCUUCUUUGUGCCAUCCUUCUCCUGCUCCAGUCGGGUUCGAAUGUCGGCCACCUCCGCCCAGGUGGUUGCUCUCAGAUGCGGCCACGACGGGAGCUCCAGCUCAGAGUCCAGUGAGGAGAUGGUCUCAAGAGGGAGACACCAGUUCAAUAUCCCCUUUGCAAAUAGAGUCCCGGCUCCUUCUGCACCUCCUCCUCCACCCGCCCAGCCUGGUCGCUCCAUCCACAGCCAGACAGUGGAAGUCCGGCCCAGAGGAGACACUUUCAGCAACUACCUGGAGUGAAAGUUCAGCUCACUCUAGAAACAUUUAGGUGCUGAUCAGAAGACAAACUUGAAUUAAAAAACGGAAUUUGCA